AUGGUUGCCUUUAUUCGCAAAAUUCUUUUUGAUGCCCGUGAAAAGCAGAAAAGAGAAGGAAAAAAGCCUCACCCAGCAAGUGGAAUUGUUUAUUGUCAAACUCGAGCAGAAUGUGAACAUAUGGUUAAUGUUUUGACUUCAGGAAAAAUUCCGGCAGAAGCUUAUCAUGCUGGGCUGAGCAAUAAGGCAAGAGAUGAAGUCCAAAAUAAAUGGAGUUGUGAUCAAUUGCCUGUAGUUGUUGCUACCGUUGCUUUUGGAAUGGGUGUUGAUAAGGCUACAGUGAGAUUUGUAAUUCACUGGAAUCCGCCUCUAAACAUGGCUUCGUAUUAUCAAGAAUCUGGACGUGCAGGUCGUGAUGGAAAGCGAAGCUAUUGCCGUAUUUACUAUUCUCGUGAAUAUCAAGGAAUGAUGAAUUUUAGAUUGCAUAGUUCAAUUAAUGGAAUUAAUAGGACUAAAAGUGUUCCUGCCCAAGUAGUUGAACAACGAAAAAAAGAAAUUCAAAAAGGUUUUGAAAAAAUGAUUGAAUAUUUGGAGAAGGCAAAUUGUAGACAUGCUUAUAUUGGACGCUAUUUUGAUGAAAAUGUUGUAAAUUGUUCAAAUAAUUGUGAUUUUUGUAAAAAUCCACAAAAAGUCAAAGAAGGAUUAAAAUGUUUGGAAAAAUUUGAAAGAGUAAAUACUAGUAGAAGAGGGAUGAAUAAUAAUAAAGAAGAAGAUGGACAACUUUAUGGGGGAGGAAGAAAGCGCCUAUUGAAAGACGCUGAUUAUGAAAAUACUCGAGAUGGAGGAAUGGGCCGAGAUCCUACAAUUCAAGAACAAGAAGAGCGUCAACGUGUUAGAGAACUAGUUCAAAGUGAAUUAAGAAAAAGAAGAUUAAGUUCAUUAAAUGAAAUUCCGAAAUGGUCAGAUGCUGGAAAAGUUUUGAAGGAGGAUAAAGCAGGUUUUGUUUUUGAAAUUUUGAAAAAUAUUUUUGGUUUAAAUGGGGAUUUUGGGUGAGAAUGGCGCCCUUUUUUGAGUAUAAGAAUAGGGAUGAGAACUGGUUGGAUUUUCAAAGUUUUCUUCGGCUAGUGGGUCUAACAAUAAGUGUAAGUAAGGUUGGCGGAUAGUUGGAAAUCUUCGGAUAUCCGGAUCCGAUCCAAAAAUUUCCGGAUAUCUGGCCUUUUUCGGAUUCGGAUUCGCCAACCUUGCUUGGGUCUAGGGUCGAAAAGACGUCCGUGUAAGGGUUUCGGCUCGGGUCAGUUGAGUGAUUAAGAGGGAAGAAAGUUAAAAGUCGUGUCUCUGCUCGGAAAAAGUCCACGUUUCGUUACCCGUCCCAUCCUCACAAUCAGAGGAAAUAUUAAAAAGGGGUUUUUGUGUAAAAUCUGUGUGAGAAUAACACCCUUUAUUGAGUGUAGAAAACUGGGAUGAACGGUUUGAGAAAAAAGAAGGUUUUCAGAUCCCACAUCCCUGAUAGGAACC